GGGAUCUGUAUUCAGGAGAAGCACGUGAAGGCAGCACGGAGGAGGAGACUGCGGUAACAAUGGUGAAGCUUCAACAACUGGACGCUGCUAGCUGAAUUAACGUUAGUGCUAAAUGUGUUGACAGGACCUUCCUACAUUUCUUCUUUCCAAUGGAAGCCGAGGGAUGCAUCCAGAGGUGGAAGAUGCAUCUCCCAGAGUUUAAACAGAGCAGGAAAUGCUCCAUUCCGACUGCAAGGGACAAAAGUGUUACUCUGGCUCCCACCUGCAGGUAUCUGACAGACAGACAGUAUGUCAUGAGAACGCCUCUGUUCUCUGCAGAACAACAUCCAUCCAUCUUAAAGAAACACACAGAGAAGGAGAAACAGUUGGAUGUUAGCAGAAGAGAAGAAAAGCAGCAACACACUGACAUUACUUUCCUGAGCAGAGCAAGAGAGGAGCUGAGUCCGGAGAGCUUCAGCCUCUCUCACAGUGACAUGUCCCUUCCCUCAGAGCUCAGGGCCAGACUGUCACUUUUCCCUGGCAGCAGAUCAGCUCAACGAAGCCUCUUGAGCUCCAACCUGGAAGUCCAGAGACUAAACCCCCCUGUGAGACUGCAGCUGACCUCCACUGUACUGUAUCCUACCUACAGCCCACGCUCAGGGAACUCCAAGGGGAGAGGUGGGGGAGAGACCAAACUGUGCUCUUCUGGAGGACACUCGCGACAUCCAACGUCUCCCUAUCAGGCAAACUACUGGGCCUGUGCCAUCCCCAAAGCUUUGCCUCCAUCUCCUGACAGGCAGUUUGCAGUCUGGGACCACAACAGGGAGUACCAGGUGCUGCUGGACUACAGCUACCCUCUGAAAGCAAGACAGCUGCUCUGUGAGGGAGACAGCCUUGAGCUGCGAGGACACUCUCUCAACCUGCAGGACUCAGGGAUUGAACUGGACCACCUCUGUAGCUCCGGCAGCCUGUCACCUGACCUGCAGGGGCUCAGAUCCUCCGAGACCUUGCUCUCCCUGGCAGACCCUGUGGCUUUGGAUUGCAGUCAUCAUCGGCACCAUGCACAGUCCAGGUGUGUAUGUGGGGAGCUGGACGAGGACCUCUGGCCUCUUCCAGAGCAGCUGGAGGAGCUGCAGCUGCUGUCCAGACAGGUGAGGAAGGUGACGGCCCAGCUGAGCUGGCCCAUCACAGCCAGCAGGGAGUCUCUGCAGCCAGGCACAAGGUCCAUCCUCUCCUCCGUCACCCUGCCUGAGAAACAGGAAGCCGAUCAGGACACACAUGAAGGAAAAGAGGAGACUGGUAGAGAGGAGUGGAGAGCCGCUCAUACAGCAGCUGAUCACAGGGACUCUGCGGCAGUGAGGAGGAGUUCUGGAGCAUGGGUGGAGCCUGCAGGAGGGGGUGGGGGACUGAGUCCAUCCAGAGUCAGGGGGGUGGAGGUUCUAGUGUGUGGCCUCAACCUAACUAGCAGCCAGGAGCAGCGGGAGCACAGUGACUCCCUGAUGCAGCACAUCCAGGUCUUCUGCUUGCAGCUGGAGCAGCUCAUCCAGCAGCUACGUGCAGUGUCAGAGAAGAUGGAGGUGCUGGCUGCACCCACUGUGGACAUUGACAGUGUCAAGUCAUCUCUGGCUGAGUACCAGAGUUUUCAGAGAGCAAUGAGCAUCCAGCAGCCCCUGACCUCCAGAGUUCUGCACAGCGGCCAGCUUCUCCUCAGCUGCAUCAACACCAUGUCUCCACUUUUAAGAGACACCCUGCAGUUGAUAGAGAGGCAGUGUGGAGUUCUGGAGAGCCACUCGCAACACCAUUUAUGCUCCAUCCUGUCUGCCAUGGACAGCCUCAGCCUGCAGAACCAGCAGAGCCGAGAGGAGCCGCUGGCCUCCACGCUGUCAUAGGAUUUAUUUAACGUACUUUUUUCCAACAAUUCUGUUUUAUGAUACAAGGCUGAUGAUAUGUUGAUGUGUUAUGUUGAUGAUGAUAUGUUAUGAUACAAUUUGAACAUGUUGGUGUCAUGUGUAUCAGCUAGGUAUGUUUGGAAAUAGUUGAGUGUCUAAACUCAACUGAUCACAUUGAAUAUACAUUACCUACAUUUUCUAUUAUGAUUUUUAUACUCAUAAUUACUGUCACCAUUGUAUUGAUCUGUCACUUGUAAUGUCUGUUUGAAUAUUAAAUGUCAUUUUCAAACUAU